AUGACAGAUAUGCAUAAAGAAAUAAAGAGCUUGAAAGAAAUACCAAUAAGAGAAGGGAAAGAUUGGCUUUGCCAAAAGAGUGGUCAUGUUGAAUGUGAUGGCCACAAACAAGAAACUUUACUCAGAAGUCCUGAGACCAAGGAACAGCCCUCAAAAAGAACAGAGAAAAUAGGUCAACCCUUGGAGGAAGAACACUCUGGAAGUGGGAACUUCAACCUAGUAGUGCAGAACCAAGUAAAAGCUUUCAGCAUGCCACAUAUGACAACAAGAGAGAUAUCUUUGUACACUACACGGCCAUCCAGACGAACAAUCCCUAGAAAAUAUCUUCGAAGUCUGGAAGAUGGAGACACUGUAGAGUUUCAUGUGGUCAAAGGAGAGAAAGGACUCCAGGCAGCAAAUGUAACUAGUCCUGGUGGUGUCCCAGUGCAAGGCAGCAAAUAUGCAGUAGAUCGUAAUCAGUAUCAGCACUAUCUAGAUCACAGAGAUCCUUCACUUAACUACCAGCAAUAUUAUGAAUAUAAUGAAGGUGGAGAGAGGUUGGAAGAAGUUGAAAGUGCUGCAGAAAGGGCUGAUCACCAAUGGUCUUAUCAAAGGCAUUGCAGCCCACCAUACUGUCCAAGGAGGCCAUAUAGAUGCAGACAACAAUAUCCUAAUGUCACAGAGCAAAGGGCAUUCGUAGGACAAAAAAAUAGAUAUGCAGAAAAACAGAGUGACACAGUGCAGCAGAGUCUGAAGGUUUUAGUCAGGUCACAAUUUCCUCAAGAACCAUCAUCUCAGAAUAGACCCGCAAUAAAUGAUGUUCAUUCCAGUGUGGCCCACCAUAACCAACCAGAUUAUGGUGCUAGCAAUUGUAGAGAAGACAUUGGAAUAAUUUUUAAUAUACCCAUAGUAGAGAGGAAGCAACAAUCUGGUGAAACCUUGUAUGAGUUUGCUCUUAGUUUACAGGAAGCAUUGCAAGCUAUAAAAACCAGUUAUCCAGAAGAAAUUACACAUGAGGAUGAAGCACUGGUCAGCCAAUUUAUUGAAGGAGGGAGAACAGAUGAAAACUCAACUUAA